AUGUCCCGAUGACAGCACGGACAAGAUGGCGGCCAGCUGGGAAGUGAAGUGAGGAUGUCAACAUCAUUUCUUCAGUUCGAACAAGUCUGGAUUUUCUCCACAUAUCCCCUCGAUCAAACCGCAGUGUAACACCCUUGCAGUAUAUCGUUUUAUGAGCCAAAACCGGGGCAUUUUAACUCAAACGCGCGUAUGUUUUUCUGCUAUGUUUUGGAAAUCCGUUUGCGCAAAGAGGACCAUCAACUCUUGAUGAGCGAUCUGGCCUGCAUGAGUCUUCAAAACCUACUCCAGGAGUCUUUAAAAGAGGCUUUCGACAACAUAUCACGCAUUUUAUCGACUGAAAUUCUCGGAUCUGUCUAAAGGAGACCGUUUUGCUCGGUGUUUGCGCUGAUUUCCGCGAGGAAGCGCAGCAGUUCUCAUAGGGCUGCGGAAGUGGAGGAGAGAUUUUCACGCCAGUCAUCUUUCGUUGAUGCUCUUUAUCCCACUCUCUCCGGCUGUAACCCAUCAGUGACCGCGUUAAACUUAAGUGAACCGGAUCCAGAGGUGUAUUAGCAGUGUUUGCUGACUUGCCAGUCUAAGUGAUUAAAGUGACGCCAUGGCUCAUUCUCCAGUGCAGGGCAGUCUGCCUGGAAUGCAGAAUUUAAAGGCGGAUCCUGAGGAGCUGUUCACCAAGCUGGAGAGAAUCGGCAAGGGCUCAUUCGGAGAGGUGUUCAAGGGCAUCGACAAUCGCACUCAGAAAGUGGUGGCCAUCAAGAAUAUAGAUCUAGAAGAGGCAGAAGACGAGAUUGAAGACAUUCAGCAAGAAAUCACAGUAUUGAGCCAGUGUGACAGUCCGUUUGUCACUAAAUACUAUGGCUCCUAUCUUAAGGACACAAAGUUAUGGAUCAUCAUGGAGUAUUUAGGUGGUGGAUCUGCUCUGGAUCUGCUGGAGCCCGGUGCUCUGGACGAAACACAGAUCGCCACCAUUUUGAGAGAGAUCUUAAAAGGCCUGGAGUAUCUUCACUCUGAGAAGAAGAUUCACAGAGACAUUAAAGCUGCAAACGUAUUGUUGUCGGAGCAAGGGGAGGUGAAGCUGGCAGAUUUCGGAGUGGCCGGCCAGCUCACAGACACACAGAUCAAGCGAAACACAUUUGUGGGCACACCCUUCUGGAUGGCACCAGAGGUCAUUAAACAGUCUGCAUAUGACUCAAAGGCCGAUAUUUGGUCGCUGGGCAUCACAGCAAUUGAGCUGGCGAAAGGAGAGCCCCCCCACUCUGAUCUUCAUCCUAUGAAGGUGCUGUUUCUCAUUCCAAAGAACAACCCCCCCACACUGGAGGGCAACUAUUGCAAACCUCUGAAAGAGUUUAUCGAGGCCUGUCUAAACAAGGAGCCCAGUUUUAGACCGACAGCCAAAGAGUUGCUGAAACACAAACUCAUCGUACGGUACGCGAAGAAAACAUCCUAUCUGACGGAGCUCAUCGACAAAUACAAACGCUGGAAGGCAGAACAGUCUCGAGCCGAGUCCAGCUCAGACGAAUCAGACUCAGAACCAGACGGUCAGGCAUCCGGUGGCAAUGACUUCGGCAAUGACAACUGGAUCUUUACCAUUCGAGAAAAGGACCCCAAAAAACUGCAGAAUGGUGCAAGUUCAACAGGAGACGAGGAGCCAAGCAAGAGACCCCAGUCCCAGAGUCUGUCCACUGUCAUCACUCCAGUCUUUACCGAGUUGAAGGGAGGAGCUGGAGAGACGCCGGUAAAGCCUGAAGUUCUGGAGGAGCUCAAGGAGGCAAUCUACCUCGCUGAGGAGGCGUAUCCGGGAAUCUCAGACGUCAUGGUCACCGAGCUUAUUCAGAGGCUACAACGGUUCUCUAGGGCAAGAACAUCAUCCUCCUCACACCAGUGAUUAUUCCAUUAGCCUGUCCGUCUCUCUUUGGUCCCGCCCCCCGGCAUCAGCUCAGCGAAUCCUUACACCAGCAGACUCUGUGACGUCUACCCUGGAGGACCAACUGUCCUUCAAUAGCUUAUCAAGAGAACUUAUCAAACUCCUCAAGCUUCCCCUAGUUUCACUUUUCUUUUAUAAUCUCCUGGAACACUCUCUGGAGUGAGCGAGUAACCGUGUGUGUGUACGUGUCACAGUGUGUUUCUAAUGAAGACAGCAUAGGUCGAAACGUAGAUGUAACUCAUUUGGCUAAGCACAGAAUGAGUCGGAGACUGAUAGUUUUGCAUUAUCGCACCCGAGCUCUUGGAAGAAUGCAUUAGGCGUAUGCCAUCACAGGGCAGUGCGAAGGGUCGUUUGUCUCAUCUUCAACAAGAAAUCAAGAUAGUGUGCAUGACAAAAUGCAUGUGUGAAGAUGUAUGUCUGUCGUUGCGUGUUUUCGAGCCCUGGCGUGAAGGAGAUUGCAGUUCUCGUGCUGAAAUCUCAGGUUAUCUGCUUCGAGCAGAGUAGUCAUCCAGGAGGACAGAGGGCGCUGUUUGGAUUUGUGUACAGAUCUGUGUAUAUAGUCUCAGUUUUACAGACCUUUAAAAGAGAUGAUGGAUUUUUGCAAACGAAUCACUGUGUACAGAUGGCCAAGAGCUUCUGUAGAUAUUGUUAGAAACAAAAGAAAGGUAAAUAUUUAAAAAUCAAGCCUCUGAAAUGGCCAUUACUGAAAUGCCUUGCCUUUUUAUCAAAUGUACAUUUUUGGGGGUGCUCUGUUAAUUUUAAUAAGAAAUUAAAGGAUUUUACUCAUAAAUAAGAAUUAAGAUCCUA